GACAGAAGCGAAGCUAGCAGAUUAGAAAAGAAAAACGAAAACAAACCCUAACAAUCGAGACUCGAGAGAGAGAGAUGGAAGGAGGGGCCGUCAUACAAGAUCAUACAGAAACUGAUCUCGUCAGUCUGAGAAGGACAAUCUAUGCUACCAUUAUGUCGAGUCCUAAUUUCGAGGAAGCAGGGCAUAAACUGCUCCAAAUCCGACUUGGACAAGGUCAGGAGAUGGAGCUAUGCGUUAUGAUCCUCGCAUGUUGCACAGAGGAGAGAACUUACCGCUCCUUCUAUGGUCACUUAGCACACAGGUUCUGCCUAGGAAGCAAAACGUACAGAGAAUGUUUCGAGAAUCUCUUUGUGCAGCAGUACGCAGCAGUUCACGGUCUGAAAACGAAUAAACUGAGGAGUGCGGCCAUGUUCUUUGCUCAUGUGCUAGCCACAGAUGCUCUUCCGUGGGGUGUCCUUGCCAAUGUUAGGCUGACAGAGGAAGACACAACAUCUUCCUCCCGCAUCUUUCUCAAGAUACUGUUCCAAGAACUCUCUGAGCAAUUGGGGAUGUGGGCUUUGAACCAAAAGCUUGAAGAUCCGACCAUGGAGGACACCUUCGAGUCAAUCUUCCCAAUGGACCAUCCUAAGAACACGAGGUUCUCCAUCAACUUCUUCACCUCCAUUGGACUCGGGGGCAUCACUCAAAAAGCCAGGCAGCUCCUCGCCAAUUGACCCAGGCGUAGAUGAAGAAGGGGAGGUUGUUGAUUAGUUAGCUUUUGUUGUUUUAAAAUCCAAAACAAAUAUUCAAAGUUUUUCCUUAAUUUUUUUUUUUAUUUUGGUUUUGAUGAUUUAACAAAAACUAAAGAAGAUAUGCCUUUUUGCU